AUCUUUUAUAUCGUAAUAUUUUAGCAUCACUACGAAACAGUCUUGAAUAAACCUUCGAGAAAACUACAACGGUCUUAAUAGCAAAUUGGUCCCGUGAUAAAAAAAAUAAACGAAAUGAAAUUGCAAUUGAUUAUACUUUUAAUUUCAUUGGCUUUAGUCUCGGCCAAAUUUGAAUUACGCAAUAGAGAUGAUGCCUUAAGAGCUCACGAAGAGUGUCGCGAGGACAAUUAUGUACCCGAUGAGAUCUAUGAAAAGUUCUUGAAUUAUGAAUUUCCCGAUCAUAAACGUACCAAGUGUUAUGUUAAAUGUUGGGUUGAAAAAAUGGAAUUAUUCAAAGAAAGGAAAGGCUUCGAUGAAAAGAGUAUUGUUUAUCAAUUUACCCAUGAACAUCCUAAUUAUUUGGCUAAUGUACGUCAUGGUUUGGAAAAGUGUAUCGAUCACAAUGAAUCUGAAUCUGAUGUAUGCACUUUCGCUCAUCGUGUGUUCUCUUGCUGGAUUAAGAUUAAUCGCCCUGCAGUUCGUAAAGUCUUUGCAGAUCUUGAUGCUAAAGAGGGGCGUGCUAUAGCAGAAUGCUUAGAUCAAAUUAGCACCAAUGAAUUGCUAGAAAAAUUUAAAAAUUAUGCCAACUGGACAUAUGAAGAAAUACCUUGUUUUGCGCGAUGUGUGGUAGCUGAGAAGGGUUGGUUUGAUAUCGAUCAUCAUCGUUGGAAUAAACAAAAAAUUGUUGAUGAUUUGGGUGAAAAUCUAUACAACUAUUGUCGUUAUGAGUUUAGUCGCCCAUUUAAGAAUGUAUGUACUUAUGCUUUUAAGGGUCUGAAAUGUUUAAAGGAUGCCGAACUUAAUGUCAUUGUCACCUACUCCCAUCUACUGGAGUGCAUCAACGAGAAAGCAACUAGUAUGUCACAACUCUUGGAAUACUAUCACUUUCCUAAAGGUGAACGCAUACCCUGCCUCUUCAAUUGUUUUGCCAAUCGUGCUCAACUUUACGAUAAUAACAACGAAUGGAUUAUUAAAAAUUGGCUAAAAGCAUUUGGUCCACCUCGUAAUGUGAAUAUGUCAAAUGUUGCAGUAUGUCGUGUGCCGGAUGAGAGAAGAAAAACUAUGAAUGUUUGUGCUUGGAUGUAUGAAGAGUACAAUUGCUGGGAACGUUUUAAUUACAAUACAAAUGGUUCAGUAGCUUAUCGAAAGGCGUUGAGAAAGAGCAAUGGCCAGAAAAUGCUUUAAGCGUGUUUCUACUAUUGCGAUUACUUAGUUAGUAUGAGCGCAUACGAAAAUGCGAACAAAACCGAAAACAAAAGAUAUUUUUUAAUCUAAAACAGUAUUGGCAUCAAAAGCAAAACAAAUAAAGGUAAAAUAUUCAUAAUUCAUCUCAAAUUAAAUGUAAGAUUAUAAUUUUAGCGCAAAAGUAAAUGCAUCGCAGUAAUUAUUGUGUUAAAAACACAGCAGGUGUAAUUAUUUCUAAAAUUUUAUUUAAUCUUGACCUCUCUAAGAAAUUGUGUUGGAGGAAAAAAAAAAUACAGGUUAUUCAUAUACAUUACAUUGUUAUUAAAAAUAAUAAAAAUCCCGUUUGAAAAUCAAAAAUUAAUUAUUUCAAAAACUUA